CGCGGGCCCGCGCUGGUGGCACGGGGGGGCGGCGGCGCUAGCGGCGGCUCCUCCGCGUCCUGCUGCUCCGGGAAAGCGCUGCCUGCCGGCGGGCGAAGGCCAAGAUGGAUCCCAACAGGAUCAUCCAGGCGCUGAAGGGCACCAUAGACCCCAAGCUGCGCGUCGCCGCCGAGAACGAGCUCAACCAGUCCUAUAAGAUCAUCAACUUUGCUCCAAGUCUGCUGCAAAUCAUAGUAUCCGAUCAAGUUGAAUUUCCGGUGCGUCAAGCAGCUGCCAUUUACCUGAAGAACAUGGUGACCCAGUACUGGCCGGACCGUGAGCCACCUCCUGGAGAAGCGGUUUUCCCAUUUAAUAUUCAUGAAAAUGAUCGGCAGCAGAUUCGGGAUAACAUUGUAGAAGGAAUAAUUCGUUCUCCUGACUUAGUGAGAGCUCAGCUGACAAUGUGCCUCCGUGCUAUCAUUAAGCAUGACUUCCCUGGCCAUUGGACAGCUGUGGUAGACAAGAUAGGAUACUACCUGCAGUCUCCAAACAGUGGGAACUGGCUUGGGAGCCUCCUGUGCCUCUAUCAGCUGGUGAAGACUUAUGAGUACAAAAAGGCAGAGGAACGAGAUCCCCUCAUAGCAGCCAUGCAAAUAUUUUUGCCUCGGAUUCAGCAGCAGAUGAUCCAGCUUCUGCCUGAUAACUCCCAUUACUCUGUACUGCUUCAGAAACAAAUCUUAAAAAUCUUCUAUGCUCUUGUUCAGUAUGCAUUGCCCCUCCAGUUGGUGAAUAACCAGACUAUGACUCAGUGGAUGGAGAUCUUCCGGACCAUCAUUGAUAGAAAUGUACCACUGGAGACUUUGCAAAUUGAUGAAGAUGACAGACCAGAGCUGGUGUGGUGGAAAUGCAAGAAGUGGGCAUUGCAUAUUGUAGCUCGUCUCUUUGAACGAUAUGGAAGUCCUGGAAAUGUAACUAAAGAAUACUUUGAAUUCUCAGACUUCUUUUUAAAAACCUAUGCUGUGGGCAUACAACAGGUUCUCUUAAGAAUCUUAGACCAGUACAGGCAAAAAGACUAUGUUGCACCACGUGUUCUUCAGCAAACAUUGAAUUAUCUGAACCAAGGGGUGAUUCACUCUAUCACAUGGAAGCAAAUGAAGCCACACAUACAGACCAUAACAGAAGAGGUGAUAUUCUCUCUAAUGUGCUACAAAGAUGAGGAUGAGGAGCUCUGGCAAGAGGAUCCAUAUGAAUAUAUCCGCAUGAAAUUUGAUGUAUUUGAGGACUAUGCAUCCACAACAACAGCAGCACAGAAUCUCCUCUACACUGCUGCAAAGAAGAGAAAGGAGGUAUUGCCAAAAAUGAUGGCAUAUUGCUACCAGAUUCUGACAGAGCCAAACAUUGAUCCAAGGAAAAAAGAUGGAGCUUUACAUGUUAUAGGAUCCCUGGCAGAUAUUUUACUGAAGAAAAGUGUCUUCAAGGAUCAAAUGGAGCUGAUGUUACAAAAUCACGUGUUUCCCUUGUUCAUGUCUAACCUGGGAUACCUCAGAGCUCGAUCCUGUUGGGUACUUCAUUCAUUUAGUGCUUUGAAAUUUCACAAUGAGCUAAACUUGAGGAAUGCAGUAGAGCUGGCAAAGAAGAGCCUGAUUGAUGAUAAGGAGAUGCCUGUCAAAGUAGAAGCAGCCAUAGCCCUUCAGACCUUAAUAAGCAACCAAGAGCAAGCCAAGGAGUAUGUGAAGCCUUAUGUAAGGCCAGUGAUGCAGGAGCUCCUGCACAUUGUCAGGGAGACAGAAAACGAUGAUCUCACAAAUGUAAUCCAGAAGAUGAUCUAUGAGUACAGCCAGGAAGUUGCUACUAUCGCUGUGGACAUGACUCAACACCUGGCUGAAAUAUUUGGUAAAGUACUUCAGAGUGAGGAAUAUGAGGAAGUAGAGGACAAAACGGUUAUGGCCAUGGGCAUCUUGCACACAAUUGACACAAUCCUGACAGUUGUGGAAGAUCACAAGGAGAUCACUCAACAGCUCGAGAGCAUUUGUUUACAGAUCAUUGGCCUUGUUUUGCAGAAACAUGUUAUAGAGUUUUAUGAAGAAAUUCUGUCCUUGGCCUUCAGUUUAACAUGCCAGAUGAUUUCGCCUCAGAUGUGGCAGCUUUUAGGUGUUCUGUACGAGGUUUUCCAGCAGGAUUGCUUUGAAUACUUUGCAGAUAUGAUGCCUCUCUUGCAUAAUUAUGUGACCAUUGACACUGAUACUUUACUGUCUAACCCAAAGCAUUUAGAAAUCAUUUACUCUAUGUGUAAAAAGGUACUGACAGGAGAUGCAGGAGAAGAUGCAGAGUGCCAUGCAGCCAAACUCCUAGAAGUGAUUGUUCUUCAGUGCAAAGGACGGGGUAUUGACCAGUGUAUUCCCCUCUUUGUGGAGGCUGUUCUGGAGCGCUUGACUCGAGGAGUUAAAACAAGUGAGCUCCGUACCAUGUGUCUUCAGGUUGCCAUAGCUGCACUCUACUACAAUCCUGACCUACUUUUGCACACCUUGGAGAACAUCAGAUUUCCACACAAUCCUGAGCCCAUCACUGCACAGUUCAUAAACCAGUGGAUGAAUGACACAGACUGUUUUUUUGGACUCCAUGACAGAAAGAUGUGUAUAAUAGGACUGAGCAUCCUAAUGGAAUUGCAGAACCGACCACCUGCAGUGGAUGCUGUGGCUGCCCAGAUUGUUCCUUCAAUCCUCCUCCUCUUCUUGGGCUUAAAACAAGUUUGCGCCUCACGAGAGCUCACAGAACAUGAGGAUCAAGCAAAAGAUGAAAAACACUUUGCAGAAGAUAAUGAAGAGAUACCGAGUGAUGAGGAUGAGACAAAUGAAGUGAGCCAGGCAAUGCAAGAGAACCACAGUGGAGGAGGAGGUGGCAGUGCUGGAGGUGGAGAGGAAGAGGAUGAAGACGAUGAUGAUGAUGAUGACUGGGAUGAAGAUGCAUUGGAGGAGACUGCUCUUGAAGGGUUCAGCACACCUCUUGACCUUGAAAAUGGUGUUGAUGAAUACCAGUUUUUUACACAAGCACUUCUGACGGUGCAGAGCCGGGAUGCAGCCUGGUACCAUUCCCUGACUGCGCCAUUGAGUGAGGAUCAGAAGAAACAACUGCAGGAGAUCUACACAUUAGCAGAGCACCGGAGAACUGCUGCAGGAAGCGUGAACAGGAUAUCAUGAUUACAUUAUUCCUUGCCUGGAAGUGUGUGUUAUUCAGAAGACUAAGACAAUAGAACAACCAAGUGGCUACACAUUUGACAACAAAGGACUGAUUACAGCAUUUAAUUUUGCUGGAAAUACUCCCGGUGGCAACUGAAGGAUCGGCUACAAAGGUCAAUGGGAAGGGUCUCAUCAUUACAUUUUCUUGAAAUCAUCAUGACUUCUGAGUGAUAGGGGAGGGUAAUUUAAUGCUGCUGAAGGUUUUCUGGGAAAUAGCAGUGUGCUUCCCCCACCAGAAUGCUCUCUCUAACCAGCUACUGUAAUGUACAAAUUCUUGUGGUGUUUUUAUAAUUUGGUGGACUGAAAGGAAAUGUUUGUCCUCAAGGAACCUGGAUGACCGGGAGGGGCCAGGCUGCAUCUGAUUGAGUUGCACUUCUCAGGUUUUUGCUGUGCAGAAUUGUUAGAUUCAUAUGGAUAACAGUGCCUUCUGUUGUACAUGGAUUGCCUGAACAAAUGGAUUUUGGAGUGCAUUAUAAUUUUUUAAGUGUAAGGACAUUUCUUGAUACACUGUAAGCCUUGGUUCCAUGUUUUCCAAUCACCUGCUUUUUACUGCUCGGUUUAAUUGUUUGUUGGUUGCAUACAAAUUGCUGGAUUCAGAAUAUUAGCACACCGUCCCUAUUUGGUGCAGACCAAAUAUGUACAGGGAGGUGUCUGUUGGAGUUGCAGAGCAUACACUGGUUAUGUCAAAGGGUCUUAACAAAACGGCAGAUUUUCCCUUGAUGCGGUAGUCUUAAAUUAUUUCUCUUAGCCAUGAAUUCAGUUUGCUUGAGUUUCAGUGGCUUGCUUGGCAGGUGGCUACCCUAAAUCUACAUCAGUAUUAGCUCCUGCCUGGACAAGUGGUGUGGCCCUCUCAUGUAGAUGUUCUACAUGACAGCUUAUUUCUGCUAUUAUUGAUGAAUAUUCAAUUAUAUGUGGAAUAAUCUCUUCUGGUUUUUUUCAUUCAUUACCAUUCCAGUGUAGGGCUGAAUAAUGUGGUACAAAAUAUUUGCAAUAUUUUAUUUAUUUUGAUAGAAGAACAGCUUCAAACUUACUGUUACACUCUGUGAUUGUAUUUCUGGUCUGCAUUGCAGUUGGUUAUUCUUGUUCUAUGUUGAAAUUUCUGCUGACAGAUUUUUUUCCUGAAUUUUGAAGACUGGUUUCACCACUGGAGGUUUAGACUAGAUAUUAGGAAAAAUUUCCUCAUGGGAAAGAUGGUCACACAUUGGGACAGGUUGCCUAGGGAAGUGGGAAGAAUCAACAUCCCUGGAAGUGUUUAAGCAACACAUAGAUGUGGCACUUAGGGACAGGGUUUUGCAGUGAACAGGGGAUUAACAGUUGUGCUUGAUGACCUUAGAGGUCUUUUCCAGCCUAAAGGGUUCUAUAGGACAAGGUGAUUGUGGAGAAGUUCAUUUAGAGAGGAAGUGAUACCAGUACUAAUUUGAAUAGGUACCCCUCCUUUAGGCCUACUGGGAUCUCAGUGGUGUAGCAAAAAGAAGCAGGGGUGCUUUAGAAUUUGAACUUUGGAUUGGAGAUAAAAUGUUUAGACCAGAUUUUGUCUCUGUGUUAAUUUCUUUAUGAUUUAAAAAUAUUCACCCAUCAAUUUUAAACACAUACUAAUAAUCUACUUCUUUACAGCAGUGUCCCAAAUAAAAAGUCAAAGCCUUUCCCAUACUCCAUCAAAUUUUCCACAACUACAGUAAAUUACAGACUGCUGGCUCUGUGCAGUGCUGAAGCUUUCAUUUUGUUAUUUUGGGUGAGUCUGAUAAAUCUGAAGCACUCUGUGCCUUGGCUUCUGGAAAAGGCCAGAGAAUCUCUGCCUGUUCCUUCUGGAAUUUUCCUAGCCUGGUAGCUGUGGGGCAGAAUGUUCCCUAUGCUUCCCUGUUUCCUGCACCUUUUUGUCAGACACUAAGGCUGUUUCUAUGGUGCUGCUUCCUCUUUCUUUUUUUUUUGCCUUCCUUUCCCCAGCAGCUACAGAGUAAAGUUGGCCUGGUUCAUGUAGGUUUUUGACUGAUGCUGCUUAGUUAAUAGCAACAGUGAAAAUGUCUCAUUUUUAGGCCUGUUGUACACAUGGAGGUUGUGAGAAUUCCAGGGUCUGUAUUUCCAAAAGGGACAGGCUCUUUAAAGUCAAGCAGCAUAGGGGCAGGAUAUCCUUUAUUUUGAAUGUCAGGUUAUGAAAAUUACAGGUCCUUGCUAAUUUAGGCCUGGGGGUGCAUUGACUGAGGCAGUAAGUGGGAAAACAAUACAUCCAGUUUGUUGGGGAGUUUAUCAGAAACCACAGCAUGUUUGAAAUUAUACACGAAUUUAAGAGCUGGUUUUUGGAAGUUAAGGGCACUGGUGACUUCUCUCUUACCCGUUAAUUGAAGUUAGGUAUUAUGCAGGUAAACUGUUUAAGCCCUUUAUUACUUUAUUAAAACAAACAAGAUUGUCAAGUUGGGUUUCUUUCAAAAUCCAUACUGAUGUGCAGAGUAGAAGAUGGAUUUAUUUUUCUUCUGCUAAUGAGGUUGCUUGCACAGUCACAGGCUAAUAUUUAGUAGUUGAUGUGUUCCAGGUAAAAUCUGCUUUUGCAUAGCAUCAUCUUGGUGUCACUAAGCUGAAAUAUGGCUGCUCCCUAGUUCUGCUUCUUGUAUACUUUUCAAAUCAGCUGCCAAGAAAAUUUCAUCCAGAUGUUUCACACAAGAGUUUAAUCAGCAUUGUGGAGUUGGGAAUCUUUGUUGUCUUUUUUGCAUUGGGGUCAGAGAUGUCUGAGGGAAUGGCAUGUAAAAAGGUUAAAUGCCUUUCCCUUCCCAGAAGAUUCAUGAGCAAAUGUUUCUACUGGCAAAAGCAAAUGUUAAUUAUUUUAUUCCUUUUUUUUAAAAAAGGGUUUUCAUCCAGAAAGAUUUAUUGGGCUCUGACCUCCAUUUUAACAUAUGGUUCUCUUUUAACAUGAUAAAUACCCAUUUGUACAUGAUCAUAAAUAGGUUAUGGAUUUUAGGUGUUUCUUUCUGAGCUGUGUCUAGCUUUGUACUACAUUAAAGGGAGAGUAACACAAAUGUGCAUUUACUGUCUCACUUCGAAGCUGAAGUAAUCGUGGAGUAUCAGAUACCAGCACUGCCAACCAAGCAUGAUGUAUUUGCCAUUGGAAGGAUAGAGAAUGAUGAAUGUAUUGCAAAAUAAAACAAAGGCUGAUAACUGGUGACUUAUGUUGCCCCCUGGCCAUAAUCCCAAAGUAUAAAGAUGAUCUGUGUGGGCACCACAGUGGCUUUACAUAGGAAAUUAGUGUUAUGGGGGUUAUGUCAUAGCAAAUGUGAUUGCAUAAGCUGCUUUUCCAGAUAAAAUUAACUGAUCCUGAGUAUUGAACUGCAUAUGCUGUUUUGUCACUUGUGAAAGGAAAAUAAGAAUCACCACAUGUUUUAGCUGCCUCUUUUUGCUGUCUGUCUUUUAGCAUGGAAGUACAUUGCUUGCUUUCAUUACAAAGCAGAAUCUUUAAUCACAAUGGCCAGCUCCAGGAAGAGUGCAGAAUAUCAAGCUGAGGAAAAGGUUGAAAAAGCCCAAACCUCAACAAUCCCCCAAAACCCACAUGUGCACAAUCUGACUGAAAUGAAUGUACUUUGGUAGUGUUAAGUCAAAAUAUUUAAAGAAUGUCACACAAAAUGAUAUUGUGAGAUUCUUUGCUUUAGGGAAAAAGGCUGCCUGUGAGGUGUGAGGGAGCCAUGAAAUGCUCUGCUUUAGGACAUACCCUUUGCCUGUGAAGUCCUGGCAGCUUGUGGCUCAGGAUUCCAUCAUGCAUUGUAGAGAAGAGAUUGUAGGACAGUAGAGGAUUUUUUUUUCCUUACUACAAAACCAGAGUCUGUCUUGAGAUUGCCUUGAGCAAAAGGAAUUUUAGACAAUGUGAAUGAUUAACUGUCCUGUUUCCAGAAUGCUUUCCUGUCUUUUUCGUUCCUCCUUUUCUUUUGUCAGCCACAGUGUUAUUGGAUAUUUCAGGGAGUUUUCAAAAGACCUGAAAAGGUAAACCUUAAACAAUUUUUAUAAAUUAUUUUUCUUGAAGCAAUUUAUCAGUUGCGUUUCUUGCUGUAGAACAGCCUCUCGUUUGACAUACACAGAUGACACAGAACUUCAAAAGCCCCUCACUUGUGCCUGUGGUUUGAUGAGCCUUUCUGUGAUUUACUCCUUAAUAUGGGCACUUUGAAAUCCCCAUACCUUGUACUGAAAUUUGCUCAAAGGAUAGGCAAAAAUGCACUAUGUAAUGGAGUAUCCAGUCCUCAUUCUGAGAUAUGCCCCAGUCAAUCUUUUGUUAAUAUUUGGCAGUCUGGUGGUCAGUUCCUCAAGGAUCUCUGUCUCUGAUUGAGGACAUUCUUCAAGUCCAAGAGCCUGUCUCUGCAGGUAGACAGAGAACCAAUUUUCCCGCACUGCAGAAAAGCAUACAGCAGGCAUGGCUAUGAACUUUUUGAUCUUAGGUGUGAAAACAGCAUUCUUUUCUCUGGGAUAUCAGGUCUUAACCCACGUGGGUGAGGUACAGUAGAGAUGCAUGUUCCCAUUGUGUUUAAGGAAGCCAGCCACUAUUCCAGAUACCAGAAAGUCUCAGCAUAAAACCAUUUCGUAAAGGGGAUGUGUGACGAGGCCAAGCUGCUUGCUUUGGACACCUCUUCCACUGCUACAACUUUUGUUAAACUAAUCAGGGAAAACCAGUCUGGGAAAAAUGAAAGAAAAUUAAAGCAGUGCUUGGGCACUGGACAGGCUGAAACUUUCCUGGCCUGUGGAUCUAUUUCUGAUACUCACUGCAAAUACACACAGAUAUUCUUCAAACACAAUAUGCAUCAUCUGUAUGGAUAUCAGUACCCUGACUGACAGCCAUGCAUGAGAGAUGAAGACUUAAUGUGAUUUUUCUCUGGCAGAAAUCAGAUGCAUCCCUUUAAAAAGUCUGGAAACUGCUUGUCCUGACUGAUACGCAAUCACCAACGUGAGACAAUCAGUGGGAUUACAAUCUUUGUUAAAGAUGAUCAGCAUACCUCCUAAAGGGCUACUGAAAGUGCUCUUUGUGUAGGAAGCUGGCAGAUGAACUACUCUUGGACUAGAAGAGUUUUGGGGAACACCAAUUCAGAGAGAAUCUGCAGGCAUAUGUAGUUGUGAUGAAUUGGGAAAGGAUCCAUCUAAAUUGAGGGGGUGCUUUUGAUAUGAUCUGAGAUCUGCAGCAUUCCCUAAGUGACCUAGGUCUCCUAGAGCAGCAUCCAAGAACUUUGUCCCAUGCCUGCCUUUCAGAAGAGAAUGUGCUUGGGCAGCCCCAAAUUUGGUGCAGUGCUUUGAACUUGAGAUCACAAAACAAUUUUGAUUACAAUUUGUUCAUAACAGAAAAAUGAGGUGGAAGUGGUAUAUUAAUGCUAGAAUUCUCUUUGUAGGCUGUAUAGAGGUUCACAGUUUAAGAGUUUGGCUCUGUUCAUGGUGGGGUAGGAGUUGAAGUUCCAGAUACAUGGAUUUCUCAAAUGUGAAUACAAUAGCGUCAGCUGCAGGAUUCACCUGAGAGUGUCGGUCAAGGGCUGCCUUCUGGACCAUCCAGAUUAUGUCACAUGAAGUGAAAUGCAAAAACUGUGAAACUACUUGAUAGUUAAAGCUGUUGAGCAACAAAAAAAUUUAUUGAAAUGAGAUUUUAAUAUUAUUCUCAGGUAUGUUUUAAUUUUCAUAUUUUGUGCCCUUAUACGAAAUGUAAAAUUACUGCAUAACAUAGAGGCCUAUUCAUGUCUCACAGAACUGUUUACCACUGAAGGUGUUUAUUCAGGAAUUGUUCCUCAUUUUUAGGUAUUUUCAACAUGUUUAUUAGUGAAGUUGCACAUAUCCACCUUUCACCACUUUUCAUGCACAGAGAUCUUGGAAAUGAACUUAACAAAAGGAAGAACAGUGCUUUGAAAAGAGAAGAUUAUGCAUAAGCAGGUUAUUUUUAGAAAACAGAAGAACUAUGGCUUCUGAAGAAAAUAUGAAACCGUAAAUAUUUAUACAAAAGUGCAUGAGGUAAAGAAAUUAAUGUAAGACAAUAUAAGCAAGACAUGUUCUUUGAUCACAGCUGUAGUGUUUCUUUUUCAUUGCCAAACAGUGUGUGACACUUACUUUUGAUUACAUGUGUUGUUGGAAUAACGCCUAACAUAAAUCACAUGAAAUGUUUUGGGGGCUCAAAAAGAGACCAAAGAGACCAUGCACAUUUCUUUUGAUACUAAAAGCAAGGAGAUGAGCCCAGGACUGCUGUGUCUGGAGGGAGCCUGCUAUGUGCUACAUUAGCAGAUUGAAUUGCAGGAUCAUCACCUUUGUAAAAAGCCUGAAAUACUAAACUGAGCGUUGGCUUUGAGGGCAAGAACUGACAAAUGCAAAGCAUGCAUUGAUGACAAGAAGAACCUCUUCCUAGCUUAAAGAAUUCUGCACAGUGUUCUCUUAAGCUGUGCUGAAUUUGCUUUAAAAACAGUAAUAAAUCUUAUUGCUUAGGUCGAAUGUUACAUCUGUUGUGCAUUUAUAUGGGAAGAAUAAUAUAUUUCUUAAAAAAAUGUAACAUGCCACCUACCAAGGAGCCAAAUCCCAUUUUAUAGCUGCUUUUCAUACAGCUAUAAAACUUCUUUGCUAGAACACGCGAGAAUUAAUUUUAAACAAAUGUGUGUGCUAUCCAGAGUUAAUAUGUGCAUUUGUGUAGCAGUGUUUGUUAAUCUCUGACCUGUGAAGGCAGCUGUUCACUUACACACGUUGGCUGUGAGAGAACAUAACUGAUGUUUGAUGCAGAACACCCGAACGCAAUUCUCAAAAUAUCAAACUAGUGAAGAUAGUCAUCUGCACCAUAGCUUCAGCCAGUCUGCUGUGCAUGCAAUUCAUAAAGAAGACACUGUUACCAGCCUUCCACAGGACAAGAAACGAAUUUUUCAGGCAGGAACUGCAAGCCUGGUAUUCAUAUCAGUGGAGUAUUUCUCUGGUGGUGAGUUGCUGCUGUUUGUUAAAUUGCAUUGAUUGAUAAUGCUUGCCCUUUACUGUAUGGACCACUUCUGUGUGUCCUCCACAGUGUCUCUCUAAAAGCAGUCCUUAGUGGUCUGUGUUUUUGAACUAGGGAGGCUGAAUUAGUGUAAUUUGCCCAAAGCCAUAGCAACGUGUUGCAGCUGGCAUGAGAAAUUAAAAUUCUGGCUCUGUAUAAGUGCCUGCGAGUUUUGCUAUUGGUUCCAACGGAGCUAGGAUUUUACCCAUGCAAUUUGCUAGGUCCUGGUGUUUGGAUUGCUACUGAUACCUUCCACACCACCUCUGCCAGAACAUACUUAAUUUAUGACAUUGCUCAGCAACAGCAGGUUCCACUAUUGAACUGCAAUUUUAAUCUGUCUAGCAGUGACACUGUUUAAUUGUAUUUUAUGUGGGUUGCUUGGUAUGACAAGGUCUCCUGGAGAAAAAAUGGUUCUCAGCAAGGUGAUGAAUGACAUCCCAAUUGCUAAUUCCCCUUGAGGCUUUGAAGUCAAUCUGAUGGAUUGGAAGCAGAAUUCCAGAUGACUGGCGGUAUCAUCUGUGCCAUGUGUGAGGGUGCAGGUUGGGAAGCCCCUCUGAAGGUAUUACCAAACAUCCUGGAUUGGUUGUGAGGUUGCAGGUUGUGAUUGCCACUUCUAACAGGCUCUAAAGAGUGUAUUUGUUACCCAGGUAAAUAUUUGUCUCCUAUGCUGCCUCCUGCCCUCUAACAGUGUUGAUAUUUUUUGGACUGGAAUCACAUUCUUAACCUGAAUUCUAACUCCCAGUCUCUUAAAAUGGUAAUUUGUUCCAUUUGGUUCCCAGCAAGGAUGAAAUAGGAUCAGCGUUUUCUUUCUCUUGUUACCAGGUAUGUUAAAUGAACAAUUUAAAUAAUUUAAAUACCUGUUUGAUUAAAUUACUGGGACUUUACCCAAUGUCAUACAGUUUCCUGCUGAUUUUUUUUUUCCUGGCAGAGCUCAAGCUACAUGGUAUUGUGUGCACAUCAGGAAAACUCUCCAUAGUCACAUAAAUGAGAUUCUGAGCAAAAUACAGAGUAUGGAAAGGUCAUAUCAGUAUAUGAAUAAUGGAUUUUUUCCUUCUUUUAUUAAAUGCAUUGGCCUUCUAUCUCUCAGCUCCUUGUAGAGCAGAAUGUGCAACUACAACAACUAAGGAUACCUUUAGUGGUUUCUGUUAAAUAGAAAUAGUCCAUACUUUCCUUUUUCCACAACAUACCUUGCCUGCCCUGCGAGGUUGCUGUGCAGAGUGUGGUAAUGGGGCCAAAUGUCUGCACCUUUGUGUAGGGAUUUGAGCACAGCCAUGGGGCUGGCACUGGGCUCUCAGCAGCAGUUGUGGCUGAGCUCUGCAAGAGUUGUGUCCUCACAAGGAGUGCACAUCCUGUGUCUCAUUUUCCUCCAACCAUAAGGAUCUUCCUGGAGAAUGCAGGGGGUUGAACAAAGCUGCAACAAGAAUAAUCGGAGAACGCCACAGUGCAUCUGGCUGGGCGCUGAACUGAAUCGGUUAUCACCAUCCUUUGCUAUGUAUAGACCACUCAGAAAUGUGUCAGCAUGAGGUGAGAUAAACAGAGAUAUGGAGUCUAGUUCCUCAUUGUGGCAAGGAUCAUAAUUCUGCCAAACAAGAAUCAACUCAGGGUGAACAGCGUGAUUAGCUCUAUUUCUAUUACUGUUUUGAAGAAAAACUGACAAGGAUCUGUCUGCACAAUUGUGAUGGAGGAAAAACAAAAAGCCAGCCUGGUCAAGAGAGAAUCCAUGUGCAAGAAAUAGCCUAAACAUUGAUUUCACUGGAGCAGCAAGCGUGGAAAUCACUACGAAGAAGAGCGACUAUUCCAGAUGUUCAGUUACAGAAUAUUUAUCCCAAUGCAUUGUUAAUCAAAAGGUUUACUGAUUACAUGAAGGUAGAUCUAAGGUAAAGAGGUUGCAGAUACUUUCCUAUUGUGCUGCUCUGAUCUGUAAGUACUUUGGAACCCAGGGCUGUCUGAGCCACCAGGCUGGAGGCUCUAAAGGAACUUUCCUGGCUGCCAAAGGUUGUUGUGUCAAUAAGUGAGAAUUCUGCACAGUCUCAGGCUGCCUCCAUUAAUGUGGUUCCUUCUUCUUAAGUCUGGUGAAGGCUCAUUUGAUGUUUUGUUUAAUGGGAUUUUCUGUUGGUCAUUGAUAUUCUUCUAAUAAAAUACAGAAACCACU